UGUUCGAAGGGAGAACUUCUGAAGCAAAAAGCUCAGGACUUCCAAGGACAAUGACAGCAGUCUAUAGGAAGAGGUGCUAGAUGUGACCUGCACAACGUAUUGCCUUUAGCAGACUCUGGCUUAUCAGAAACAUCUUUGUUCAAGUGCAGGAAAAUUGGAGCACACCACCAGGAGCUGCCCGUGGCCCCCGUUCCUGCAGGGUGAGCUCAUGCCUGAGCCCGGGGGGACUGUACCGGGGCCAGCCGGGGUACCGAGGCCAUGGCGGGCUGGAGACAUCUCAUUUGUGACAUUCUGUGACAGCGGGACGCCAGUGCCCGGCUCCCCAGAGCCGCCUGCCCCUUGUCCCGCUGCAUCCGGCACCUCCUCCGGCUCGUCCCGCCCCGGCGGCGCGGAUCAACGGCAAACUUUGCAGGAAGUGCCUGGGCUGAGCCGGGCCGAGCCAAACCGAGCACGGCCGGGCUGCCGGGACCCAGGGUUUGUGUGCCAGGGGCCGGACCCAUCUUUCCUCCUCCUCCUCGUCCCGGCUGCAUUGUGGUGCCGAUGGUGCCUGUCUGCCUGGCAAGUCAGAGCAUGUCCGGACCCUGUGAACCAGCUGCAGAAGAUGGCAGAGCUGCUGGGGCUCAGAGACGAGUGCAGGGAGGGGGCUUUGGGAGCUCCUGCGCUUGCUGCCUCCUGCCUUGCAGACAACAGGCUGAACCUGGAUGUGUAUCUUGACGGCUGCUGCAGGUUCCUCCAGCUGUUUGAGGGGCGACAGGGAGAGGUGCUCCAGGUGGAGUUCCUCCGGCUCAGCAGCAAUGAUCGCCUCCUUGGCACCACACUAGACAUCCUUCCUCAUCUGAAGCACCUGAAAUCCCUGGUGAUCAAAGGUGGCCAUGCCAGGGAUGAGUUUGGUUCAUGUCAGCAUGGCUCUCUGACAAGCUUACCAGCAGACAUGGGGAACCUGAGGUGUCUCACCCACCUGGAUCUCACUUUCAACAGCCUGUCCACCUUGCCCAGCUGCAUCCUUCAUCUCUCCAGCCUUCGUGUGCUCCUGGUGAGCCACAACAGACUUGUGGCACUCCCUGAGGACUUUGGCUCUCUGAGCAAGCUGACUUUCUUCUCUGCUAUGAAAAAUCUGCUGAAGGACUUACCUCAGAGCAUUGGGGACCUAGCAGUGCUGCAGGACCUGGAUCUCUCUGAAAAUGCUUUGGAAUUCAUCCCUGAAGAAGUGGGGAAUCUGCAUAACUGCACAGAGCUGGAUCUUUCCGGGAAUCGCUUAUCAAGCAUCCCAGACUCCUUAGCCAAUUUGAAGUGUCUGCGGCGGCUGCACCUCCACAGCAAUCUCCUGGUGACUGUUCCUGCCUCGCUUGCCAGCCUGCCCAACUUGUCCAGACUUGAUCUGCAGAAUAAUUGCCUCAGUGCUGUCCCCCCUGAGAUCCAGACCUUGCCAUUCGUGCGCCUCCGAGGCAAUCCCUUAGGAGAAACUGAGCCAUCCCCACAGGCUGAUGAAUCCAGUGCUGGAAGACUACGAAGACUCUUCCUUGCAUCAGGAGAGGACAGCUUUACUGUCACCUCUGAAGGCUGCAAAGUGGUCCUGGCCUGUGGCAUCCGUUUCUACUUUCCACCGGGGGCUGCCUCUGACCCUCUGCAGAUCUACUUCCGAACUCUCGCACCGGACCCUCAGUGUGUAAGGCUGCGACACCAUGAUGUCCUGCUGAGUAGAGUCCUGGAGCUGCAGCCUCAUGGGGUCAAAUUCCAGCAGGAGGUGCGGAUCUCGAUGCCAUAUGCCUCCCCUCAGACCCUUCACCAGCGCGAGGUGGUAGUGCGGACCUUCAGUGGGCAGAGCUGGAGUGAUUUGAGGACAACAGUGGAGCAGAAGAGAAAAUCAAAGAAGCAUGUGGCUCACUGCAGUGUCCUUCACUUCUCCUGGUUCCUCGUUGUAUCUCGACUUGUGCAAAAUGAAUGCAAAGUGCCAACAGAGGGGACACUGCUCUUUUCUAGUGUGGAUCCAAACAUCAAAGUGACCUUUCCUCCUGGAGUCACUGAGCAAACUCGCACUGUCAAGAUGCAGGUGCUGCCAGUGUCUGCAGGAGAGCUAGAGGAAAUCACAGCCGAUGCAGGGUGCAGAGCCAGUCCCCUGCUCUGCCUCUCCCAGGACUCCCUGGUGGACUUUCUCAGGCCAGUAAGAAUUCAGCUGCCCCUCCCACCCGGGGUCACAGGCAUAAAUUUGGAUCAGUCAAGAUUGCAUCUUCUUCAUGGUGACCUGGAGGGCCAAACCUGGGAUGACAUUACCAGUCAGGUGGUGCUGGAAUUUACCCAUCUUUAUGCAGUGUUUGAAGUCACCCACUUCUCCUGGUAUUGGCUGUGGUACACCACCAAGACCUACAUUGGAGGCAUUGCCAAGAAAGUCUAUGAGCGUCUGCGAAUGUACCAGGUGAACUUCAUUGCUCUGCAGAGGAAGAAGGACCCUGAGCAAGUCCUGCUACAGUGUAUCCCCAAGCACAAGGUUGACCCAGUGCUGAAGAAGCUACAGGAUCGCUAUCGAGGACCUGAGCCAUCUGACAUGGUGGAGAUGUUUGAAGGAGAGCAGUUUUUUGCAGCUUUUGAGGGAGGCAUCAGCAUCGAUAUGGAUCGCCCUGACUGUGUGGAUGGGCGUCUCUCGUUUACUUUUUACUCCCACUUAAAGAACAUGAAGGAAAUCUAUGUGACUUCCCCUAUGGACAGGAAGGACCAAGCUGUAAAAGGACAGGUCUCUUUCUACCGAGGGGCAGUUCCUGAGAACAUCCCUGAAGAGGCCAGCAGGAGGAGGAGAGGACCAGACUCCCUCUGGCUCGUUACUCUGCCCAUCAAACUGCCUCGAUUGAAGCCCCGCUGGGGUGAGAACCCUGGUGCCCUGAAUGGGUUCUCCUUCCCUCCCUUGAACCUGGGCAAUGCUGAGACUGGCUACCUGACACAGGCCAACCUGCUGAGCAUUGCCAGGCGCGUGGGAGCUGACUGGCAGACCAUCGGCCUGAACCUGGGCUUGACCUAUCAGCAGAUUGAGCGCAUAGGAUACAAUCACAGAGAGGACCUUGACAAGCAGAUCCUGGACAUGCUUUUCUCAUGGGCUCAGCAAAACUCAGAGGAUCCUGACUGUGUGAGCAAGCUGAUUACAGCCAUGAAAGAGAGUGGCCGCCAGGACAUUGCUGAUGAGGUUGAAACCAUCAUUGAGCUGGGCCGUCAGAAAUACAGGGAGUCCAUCCGCCGGGUGGGCUUGGAGCAGGACAGCAGCACUGAGAACUCUGCAAUAGCUAUGGUGUAGCACCAAGCACAAGGCACUGGCUUUCGUAUAUCCCUCUGCGUAGCUGGAGAGAUAAUGCCUUGAGUCUCUUUCCACCUCAAGGGUCACUGUCUUCCUGGGGAGCUGGGUAUGGAUUUACUUGUGAACAGACUACUGAGGUUUCUUGAGUCUAUACUCACAUGC